AUGGCGUAUAAUAAAGCCUUCAAUCCGGAUGCGUUGCCUGCUCAUGCAGAGCCUGAACAAGCCGCCCAAGCCCUGAGCCAGCUCCAGGCUAAUCGAAGACAGUCAUCUCCCAAUGCGCCUCCCGGGCAGCGAUACGGAAAUCAACCACAACCUGGAUCACCGGGCAAUGUUGCUCGGCGUCCUUCUCCCGCCGGUCGAGGUGGAGGACAGUCGUUACCGUCGCAGACCUCCUACAGACCUCCUCCUGUCCAGACCUACCAACAGCAGCGACCUAGUAACAAUCAAUCUUAUGGUGACAACCAGUACAACCGCCUGCAAUCUCCUCCACCAAAUGCUGCCAACUACGGCUUCGAUCGGCGGGGGUCGAAUGAACAGCAGACAUAUCCACCACGCACAACGGCUCCUACAGACCCAGAUUCCGUCGAUCUUUUUCGUCUUUUCCGCGCAGCUAAUGCCUCCGGUACGGGAUCUCUUACUACGGCCGAGCUGGGUUCGGCUCUCGUCAACGCAGAUUUCACCCCCUUCGACCCUCGAACCAUCACUUCGCUCAUGCGCAUGUUCACGUCAUCACCACCGAACCAGCCCCAGGGUCCUACAAUCACUUUUGAAGAGUUUGAAAAUCUUUGGCAGUUUCUUGCGGCGUGGCGGACACUGUUCGAACGAUUUGACGAGGACGGCAGCGGCCGCAUCUCUUUGGCUGAGUUCACCAAGUCUAUGACUGCGUUUGGAUACCGGCUUUCCCCACCCUUCGUUGGGGUUCUUUACAACACAUUCAAUGAUCGAAGUCCUGUCCAAGGCCAGGGAAUGAGUUUUGAUUUGUUUGUGCAAGCCUGUAUCAGCCUCAAACGCAUGACGGAUGUGUUCAAGAAAUACGAUGAUGAUCGAGACGGCUAUGUGACCCUCAGCUUUGAAGAAUUCCUUAUGGAAAUUCUCCGACUGAAGGAUUGA